GAAAUUGUGAUUCAAAUGAUUAGUGCAUUGCGAGUGAAAUAGUCGUUCAACUCAUGCAUCGAUCACUCAUUGAAUGCAAUAUUAUUAACGAUAAGUGUUUCGCACUUCCCUUCAGAUUAUGAUAUCAUUAGUGAUAAUAUUUGGGAUAAUAGUUGACAUUUGAGUGAAUCCAAGACAAGACCAGACAAACCUAUUCUCGUGAGUGAAGUGACGCUUCUCCACACGUGAAGACGAUGUGGAAUAUGAUGUGUGAUGUGAUGCCCACCAUCUCGGAGGACAGUAUCUCCCAAAGGAGUGGUCAGUUCACGGGAGAUGAGGCCAACUUCGAGCAGCUGAUGGUCAACAUGUUGGACGAGAGGGACAAACUGAUGGAGACGUUGAGGGAGACUCAGGAGCACCUGAACGACACUCAGACCAAACUGACGGACAUCGAGAAGGAGAGGGACUCUCUUCAGCGACAACUCGUCUCACAUAUGCCUCAAGAGUUCGCGAGUUUGACGCGAGAGUUGAAUCAAUUGAGAGAACAUAUCCUCGAAAAGGACGAAGAGAUCCAAGAAUUGAAAGCCGAACGCAAUAAUACUCGGUUACUUCUGGAGCACUUGGAGUGUCUGGUGUCCCGACACGAGCGCUCACUGAGGAUGACUGUCGUCAAACGACAGGCGCAGUCACCGGCGGGCGUCUCAUCCGAAGUGGAAGUACUAAAAGCUCUGAAGUCUCUCUUCGAACACCACAAGGCUUUGGAUGAGAAGGUUAGGGAAAGACUGAGAGUGUCUUUGGAUAAAAUCAGUGCUCUUGAGGACGAUUUGGCCAAAGCCAGCGAAGACUUGAUUAAAUCGAAACAAACUCAACAACAGCUCCAAACCAUAUCACAAAUACAAGAGUCUUCGAUACAAAUGAACGGACAGUUGAGUUCCGGCGCCUUAGAUGACGACCACAAGAGUGAAGAGAUUCAGACUUUAGUGGAGAAACAAACGAAUGAAUUAAUCAAUUCUCGCAACAAAUUACAAGAAUUGACGAAUAAAUUGAAAGAAUACGAGGAAAUGAUUGUAAAGACAGACAAAGAUUGUGCACAACUGAGGGAAGACAACGUGAAACUGAAUUGUGAUCUCAAGGAGAAUAAGGCACAGAAGGAGGACCAGGAGGAGAGGAUCACCACUCUUGAGAAGAGGUACCUAAACGCUCAAAGGGAGAGCACAUCCCUUCACGACUUGAACGAGAAGUUAGAGCACGAGUUGAUGUCAAAAGAGGCGCAGUUCAAGCUCUCGGAGGACAAAAUCAGGGCUCUGACGGAACGGCUAGAGUUGGCCGACCAGAAGAUCGCACAGUUUCUGCGCAAACAGGAGACCCUCACAGACGGCACCGAAACCAGUGAUUACGAGAUGGACGACGACAGGAAACUGUCUCUCGAGGAACGCAUAUCCCGUUUGGAACAGCAGUUGGAGGAGAAGGCGAACGAACUGUUGAGAGCCCGACAGAGGGAACGCAUGAAUGAGGACCACAAUCAACGUCUGUCGGCAACUGUUGACAAACUGUUGGCCGAAUCCAACGAAAGACUUCAAUUGCAUCUCAAGGAGCGGAUGUCUGCCUUAGAAGAAAAGAAUCAAAUGUCUCAAGAAUUGUCGAGAAUUCACAAACUAUUAGACGACACACAGGGAGAGAAGGGAAAGAUUUUGCAGGAAUUGACGAAAAUGAGAGUCGAAAUGCAAACCAUUAGUCAAAACAAUAUAAAUAGCGGCGGUUUAGGCGCCGUUUCUGUGCCACGAAAUCCGAGAAUGAUAUCUCAAGAGAGCAAUAAGAAUAAGCAGCUCUUCGAUCAGGACUGGGAUAAGAUUGAGCCCCGAGUUGUGGCUAAUGUGAAUCAGGCCUUCGAUGUGAGCGACACUGAGUGCAGUCAGACCGAUGACAACGAGAGUAUAUUCGAUACGAUGGAAAUGCUGUCGCCCUCGGGUCACACCGACGCUCAAACGCUUGCGCUUAUGCUUCAGCAACAGUUGGAUGCCAUCAACAACGAGAUCCGACUCAUUCAGGAGGAGAAACACAAUACUGAACAGCGCGCUGAAGAGCUAGAGUCGCAGGUGGGCUCUAUUGACUCCAUGAGUCUCUUGACCCGCUCUUUCGAAAGAGGAAUAUCUCCGCCACAAAGCGGACGAUCCACUCCUAAGUCUAGGAUCAGUCCUUCGCGCGAAUACUUAAACCAAUUUUAUAGCACGGGUUCGUGUCCUUCCGCUCUGUCGCAAACUGUAGGCGCUUCCCAUAUAUACUCACAAUAUUCUCCCUCUGCUAGUCAUCAAUCGGAGAGUUUAGCUUCAAAUGCACACGAAAUGAGUUCAGAUGCAAGUCCUCCCACACCUCGCGCUUUACGACUGCAACGAGUGGCGCAGGCAUUGAAUGAUAAUAAAGGUGUUCAACAGAAGGCCAAUAUGUCGUGGGCCUCGAGUGUACCCCCAGAUGUUUUGCCGAGGUCUUCAUUGUACGGACCGCCGCCUCCGACCAGUAAUUCUUUGGAUGAAUCGGUUUUAAGCCAUCAGUUGCUUCAGACUGGUUCCGCAAAUUCAUCGAUGGAUUCCUUAAAUAAGCAAUUAAUAGCUAAUCACUCACAACAUCAACACUACUCGCAACUAAUGUCUUCUCAACAAAACCCUAAAAAGAAAGGCAUUAAGUCUUCACUCGUGAGUCGACUGUUUUCGAGUCCAAAGCGCGAAAAACUGAAGAGCGAUCGCAUUAUUGGAAAUCCUAUUUAUGCUAAUUAUAUGGAAAGUGAUUACAUUUCAUUACCCGAUGCGAUGAGUCAUUUGGCGACUCCUAUGUCACCACUCGGCGGACAAAAGGCUGACUUUGACCGCAGGACUAAAAAGAAACACGAAUUGCUUGCGGAGGCCAUGAAAGCGGGCACUCCUUUCGCCUUAUGGAACGGCCCCACAAUUGUCGCGUGGCUUGAGUUAUGGGUGGGUAUGCCGGCCUGGUAUGUGGCCGCCUGUCGCGCUAAUGUCAAAAGCGGAGCCAUUAUGUCGGCCCUAUCGGACACUGAGAUACAGCGGGAAAUAGGAAUCAGUAAUCCUUUGCAUCGAAUGAAACUUCGUCUCGCGAUCCAAGAGAUGGUUGCCCUCACGUCGCCCUCAGCGGCCAAACCCACGCAUACGAGUCUGGCUUUCGGCGAAAUGAAUCACGAAUGGAUUGGCAACGAAUGGCUGCCCGCUCUCGGGUUACCUCAAUAUAGGUCUAUGUUUAUGGAGUGCUUAGUCGACGCCAGAAUGUUAGACCAUUUGACUAAAAAGGACUUAAGAGUUCACUUAAAAAUGGUGGACGCCUUCCAUCGAACUAGUCUUCAGUACGGAAUCAAUUGCUUAAAGCGUUUGAAUUAUGAUAAAAGUCUAUUCGACGAGAGGAGACGCAACUGUGAGCAUGAGAUCAUUGACGUGAUCGUGUGGUCGAACGAGCGUAUCAUCAAAUGGACCACUUCUGUGGGUCUUAAGGAGUAUUCUAAUAAUUUAGUCGAGUCUGGAGUCCACGGCGCCCUCAUAGCACUGGACGACACUUUCGAUGACUUACAAAUGGCAUUAGCUCUUCAAAUCCCUACACAAAAUGUUCAGGCGCGACAAAUACUUGAAACAGAAUUUGCGGACCUAUUACUUAAGGGAACCGAUAGAAGGCCUGAUGGAAGCCCUUAUCUGUACUCGAAGUGCUCGUCGGCGGCGAUGUUGACGCCAAGAGUGGGCUUAGAGUAUGCAUCCGGUCGGAGUUGUGGUGUCGGCAAAACAUCUUUGGUUCAACAGUUCAUCGAUAAUCACUUCGAAGGCACUUAUCGACCGACCCCUCAAAGCGGCGAUUCCUAUAGUUUCUCAAUAAUCAUGAACUCAAACCUCUACCAAAUCAAGAUCAUCGAUAUGCCAGUCAUCAACUACUUCCCCUCCAACACCCUCCUAGAGUGGGUCGACUACCGACAGUGUGCUCUUCGCAACGCCAACGGAUACCUCUUUGUCUUCGACCUCACCUCUCCCUAUACUUUCCAUUACGUUAAAGUAAUUCGAGACCAACUGUUCGAAAGUCGAAAUAUGCAAAACAUCCCUGUUUGGAUUAUUGGCAAUAAAGCUGAUCUAUGUAUGAAUGUAUUGGCAACCAUACGAGCGCAUAAGGAUCACUACCAUCACCACCAUCACCAUCAACAUCACCAUCACAUACACCUUCAUCACCACCCGGCUCACGAAGAUCUAACGCCAGCGUUCAAAGAGUUGGCGAAUUUGGUGCGAAAGCAGUGGAAAUGCUCUUACAUUGAGUGCUCGGCUAAAUACAACUGGCGAGUGGUUCCCAUAUUCCGCGAUAUUAUCAAGACUAUUGAGAAUACGCUGAUGAAUGAGGGCAAAGUGGGUGACCAUCACCACCACCGGGACGCCACCAGUGCUGACCACACCGACCAGACAAAGGUGACCUUACCUGAUGGCCAUUCGUCGGGUGCUGCUGUUAGGCAUCUAAACAAUUCGACAUCGAAUGAAAAUGUUAGACUCUGUGUUAUAUUAUAA